AUGCCACCGAGGAAACGGCGUAGGGCGCCAACAAACCCCAUCGAGGCGGCGAACCGCAAGACGGACGAUGAGUUCAUCAGGGAUCAUUUACAACCAAGCCCGGACUGGACGUCAUGGACACACCCGACCACCGGCAAAUCAUACGCCCUCUCGCUGAAAUCGCCCGCGAAGCUCUCGACGGACGAGAUGCAGGCGUGCUUCGACCUCGUCGAGCUCACCAGCGGCGCCGACUACCGCGCGUCCCACGACGGGUGGAAGCCGGCGCAGAAGAUCAAGGAGAUGCGGAGCCCGGAGCUGCGGUACAUCCUCGUGAAAGAAGGGCCUGGCGAGGAUGAGGCUGAAGAGGGGAGGAUAUGCGGCUUCACGAGCUUGAUGCCUACGUUCGAGGAGGGCGAGCCGGUUGUUUAUUGUUAUGAGAUUCACUUGCUGGAGGAGCUGACGGGCUCGGGUAUGGGGCGCAAGAUGAUGGAUUACCUCGUCGCCGUGGCGGAGAGCAUACCGCUCAUCGAGAAGGUGAUGCUGACGUGCUUCCUCGCCAACAAAUCUGCGCGCGCGUUCUACGAGAGGCUCGGGUUCGGAAAGGACCCGAUCUCGCCGGGGGAGAGGAAGUUGAGGUUCGGCAAGGUGUUCGUGCCGGACUAUGUCAUUAUGAGUCGGAGAGUGCGCGAGAAGGCUCAGGUCGAGAACGGUGUGAAGAAAGCGAAGAGCGGGGGGAAGUGA